GUGCCUUUAGCAGACAGUGUAGGACUUGUGCUGACGCCUCUUGGAUCCCUCUCAUUCACAAGAUGAUGCGUGUACUGGUGACCGUGUGUGUGGUGGUGGUGGCAUCGGUGGUGGCCCAGGAGCUGGAGCAGCCCCAGGAGCAGCAAGCCCUGGUGGUGCCCGAGGCCAUACAGGCGCUGCGCGAGCCACUCACCGCCCUGCCUCUCUCUGAUCUCUUCACCAACAUGCAGAACCCCACCACCGUCAAGUUCUACGUUGACUGCGUCACCGGGGAGGGAACCUGCGACAAGUUCGGCAAGGCUCUUCAGCACCUGAUGAGUGACCAACAGCGCGUGCAGCAGCUGUGCUAUGGAUGCUCCAAGUGUGAGAAGGAGAAGCUGCAAUACGUUAUGGAUACCCUCAAGACCAACUACAAACCUCUCGCCUGCCAAGUCCAGACCUUCCUGAAGUGGAAUGGGCUUUUCGGUACCCCAAGCCCCUGUGCCGAGGCUCCUCUCUCCGCCUAAUCAUGCAUGCAGUACCUAAUCUUUCAGAGCCUUCAGUUAAUGUCUCAAAGUCCCCCAUUCUCUAAGACCACCUCUAAGUUUGUUUCAAUAGUCUGCUUCAACCCCCAUGUUAUCACGUAUACUGUACCAAACUAUCCCCUCACAUCCAACCUGCAAACUCCUAGCAUCAUAUUUCAAAAUUUACCUGUACGUGUCUACUAUCAAUUACUAUAGUUUAUAAUCUUUUUUGUUUCUCAGUCUUUUGUCACCAGCGUCAAAAAGCGUGAUGGUGAGGAGUCAAAAUUAUUACAUCUAUCGCCAACUCUAAAGCCUACACCAAUAAAGAGUCAAUAUUA